GCAUUGGAUUUGGAUUGGAGAGAGAGAGUCAUUCGUAGGAAUUUUAGUGUUAUUGUUAUGGCUUUUAAAUUCCUUGUUUAGUGCAGUAAGUUAUCUGAAUUACCCUUUGUUACUAUUUCUAUCUUUAUUUUCUGAAUUCCUAACAUACAACACAUCAUUGCGUAGCAUGGCGUCCGUCCCCAUUGCAAAAAUACUGUUAAAAAACACGACAAAAAUGUCACUAAAUGAACGGUUCACAGCAUACCGUGCGCAAGCACAAAGUGCUGCAAAUAUUUAUCGCCAAAAAAUUCAAUUACAAAGACAAGCCAGCAGCGCAAGUAGUAGAUUGGCUCAACAAAUGGCCAACCGACCAACUGUAAUAGCUGCCCUAAGAUUGAAAAAGAAAAGUUUGCAGCAAAGGCUUGGACGCAAGCAACAAUCGGCUAAUGGAAAUAUUAAAGCUCGAUUGAAUAUCGGUGGAAAGCGAUUUAUCAACAAUUCAGUUCGAGGACGCCUUGGAGGAGGGAGAAAUAAAGGAAUUCGGCGGGGAGGAUUGAGACCUGGAACAUCACCUCUUUUGAAAGGCAGACUAGGCAUGCCCAAGACAGGUAACUUCAACUACAACCUAUCGAAUCAGCGAACGAAUUUGAGAAACAAGAGAGGCAACUUCAGAGGCAGAGGCAAUCGUCCAUUUCGAGGUGGUAACAGACAACAGCAGCCACAGAGAAAAAAUCUUACUAGGAAUACAAGAGGAAGAGGUGGUGGUAGAGGACGAGGAAGAGGAGGCCGCUGGACUGAAAAAGCUGUAGGACCCUUACCAACUAAACAAGAACUAGACAACCAGUUAGACGAAUACAUGGCGGAAACUAAAUCCAAUCUCGAUGCCCAGUUGGGACAGUACAUGUCGCAAGCUUGAACAUAAUCACAUUUUUAUCAUUGAUUGUUUCAUUUUAAUAACAUGUAAAAUUUUGUCUUGCGGUAAGAUUAAGUACGAAAGAUUCUUCCUAUAAUUGUCAAAAAUUUGUAAAUUUCUGUUGUUUUCAUUUAAAACCAUUAAUUUUUAAGUUUUGUGUUAUGUCUCUUUAAGGAGGAAAUUUUUAAGGAGUUUUAUGUUCAAAAUAUUUGAUAACUGCUGCAGUUUUUGCAAAGUUUUCAUAACUACGUUGUAUCAGAUGUUGAGUUAAUGUAUGCCUUUAUAAUUUAACAGCAACAUUUUAUAUCCUAUGUACUUUAAUAUUAAGUGACACGCCUUUCUUUGUUAUAAGUUCAACACUUUUACUGUAGGACUUGUGGAUUUUUUUUGAAAUGUUUUCAUAUAAUUGGACCAUGAACAUUUUAGUAUUCAAAGAGCAUUCAUAAAGCUCAAUAUAUGAUCUUUAUUUUAUGUUCUCUUUAAAUCAUUUAUAAUAUGUACAAAGUACGCUUGCUGUUUGUGAUCGUCGCUUGGUGUGUAUAUAAAACUAGAGCUGAAAUACUUGUUUGAAGCUGUAAAAUAUUGUUCAGAUGUUUUAUAAUUGAUCUUUAGCUAGAAUUGUUUCAAGUACAACCCAAAACUAAUAGUUUGUGCAGUUACUUUAAGAAUGCAGACAAUAUUUUCUGUUAUAUUAAAUGCACGUUUGUGCCUGUUUCAUAUGGAUAUUGUAAAAAUUCACCAACUAAGCAUCUUCGUAUUCAUCAUGUUUCGGUAACUUUGAUUAAAUGUCAUU